AUGCCUGCUUGCCACCUUGACAGGACAGCUGCCUUGAGGUGCAAGAGGAGCUCUAUGAAAUGUUUGAUCCUGUUCAGCUUGCUGCUGGGCUGCCGGGGAGAGUCCAAGCCUGCCUUGAUCAAGGGCGUAAGCUAUGGGCCAGUUCCGCUGAAGCACCUCGCAGGAGGUCAGUCUCUGCUUGCGCAAGACGAUUGGAUGGUUGAGGCAGCAAAGCCAAUGUGGGGCGAACGGGGCCGCGAUGAUUUGCACGUAAUGAAGCAGCUUGGAGCGAACAUGGUACGCUUGUACGGCAACAAUCCGAACCAGAGUCAUCACAGCUUCCUGGACAAAGCGCACCAGCUGGGCAUGCAGGUGGUUCCUGGCAUGAGUGACUAUCCUUUCAUACAGAUGCCGGACCAGAAAUGUAUGGACACAGAUUACGACUGCUUCAAUCAAAGUCGAGACCUUUAUGCCUUGAACCUGGAGACAGGCUUUUUGACUGACUCCAAGGAGUACCACCCAGCUCUGGCCUACUUCAUCGUGAUCAACGAGCCUGACCUUAAGAUGCCGCCUGCUGCCACAACGACACCUGGCGGCCCACGGCAGAUGGUGAAGGCUGUGGUCAGUGCUUUGGAUGGGCUGCUGGAAGCGGAGAAAGAGGCCAACGUGAGUGGAAUUCUCAUCAACUUCACUGCAACUUUCUCCUAUGCUGUCUGCCUAGCGUGUGAUGAGCUGAAUUACGCUCCUGCGCUGGGGCAGAUGGCCAUUCUGGAGGAUGCCAUGUUGCACCCAGAGCAGUACGGCUACGAGCCGCGCAACAAUGUGUCGGAGGCGUACCUCACCCGGUGGACCCAGAGCUUCAACACCAACAACCCAGCCCGGGAUCUGGAGCCACAAUUCUUUAGCAAGUACCCGGCUAGGUUUCCUAGCACGCCGGUCUUCGUAGCGGAAUACCACAGUCCGAUUCUGGCGUACCUGCGGCCACCCAUGACUUUGGAAGAAGACCUGGAGCAGGCGCUGAGCUUGGCGAACAGCUCCGACCUGUUCCUUGGUAUCUUCUUCUUCCAGUAUCAGAUGGCCUACUGGAAGGGAGGCUCGGAGGAGAACUUUGGGCUUUUUGGUCUUGGGGACUAUCGUGUUGCCGAGAUGCCUUACUACGGCACCACCUAUGAUGUGUGGUGUCUACAGCCUCGCGUGACAUCCUCAACUCCUGACUCGUCAAUGUCGCAGGUGCUGACAAAGGUGUACGAGGGACCUGGCCUGGACUACGAAUUCCUGUGCAAGCCGAAUCCCGCAAGCGUGGCCAUUUCUGCUGAUGGCUUUCGGGACAUUGUGUCCCAGGGCGCAGCCCGAUUGGCUGUUUUUGCCAAGAGAGUGGUGGAGCACCUGGGUGCUGUCGUCAGCAGCGACUCGGGCCUGAGAUCCUUCAGCGCCAGCAUGGUCAACAAGUCCUAUGCUGACUUGGUCAUCGCCAUUUCCCACAAACCGGCUUGGACCUCCUUCAGCUCCUCCGCUGCCUGUGUGGCUGAUCGCACGGCGGAUGCUGGACAGGUGGGAGCAGCGAUUUCUUGGCUUUGUGGACACACACCAGGCUUCUCCUGCGAGGUCCCUGAAAGCUGUGCGUCAGACGCUUUCAGCACUGGAGACUGGCUGUUCAGCCGCUGGUACCAGCAGGUGGGCAGAGAUCCCCUGAUGGACUGCAACUUCGGUGGUGCAGCUAUUUUCGCUAGCCCAGCGCUUCGCGGCGACACGCCCUGCAGCGCGCGCCUGCGUCGGCUGGGAACCGUUCUGGUGUGA